GAAAGCGGGACAAUGGCGGCGGGGCCUGGAGUGUCCAUGCAGAGCGGCAGCCCCGCUACUGAACUGUCCAUCCCGACUCAGCCGGGAGGGAACCAGCCUCUCGGGGACCGGGUCAAAACCGAGGAGGUGACAGAGGCAGAGAAGCAGAGUCGCAUGGCUGCUCUUUUGGAGAGGCUCCAUGCCAAGCACAACGCUUCCCGCCCAUGGCAGGAGACCAGCAAGGUUGUGCGUCAGGCCAUGGAGAAACGCGGGAUGAUGAAUACAGCUGCUCACCAGCUCCUGCUCAACAGCUUGGAGACUCUGCAACGAGCGCUGAAAGUCUCAUCUCUCUCCUCCAUGACCGAUCGUCUCGAGUCCAUCGCUCGUCAAAACAUGCUGGGUUCUCACCUCAGCCCAUCAGGAACGGAGUGCUACAUCACCUCAGACAUGUUUUAUGUGGAGGUGCAGCUGGACACCGGCGGCCAGCUGGUGGAUGUUAAAGUGGCUCAUCAAGGAGAAAACCCUACGAGUUGUCCCGAGCUGAUUCAACAGCUUCGGGAAAAGAACUUUGAAGAGUUUUCCAAACAUCUCAAAGGACUUGUUGAUUUAUAUAAACUUCCAGGUGACAAUAAGCUGAAGACCAAGAUGUAUAUCGCACUUCAGUCUUUGGAGCUUGAUCUCACCAAGAUGAUGCACAUGUUCCGAUUGGCAACCAAUGCGAAUACAGUGGAAACCAUCCUUCAUGGGAGCGUGGGCUUGCUGACAGCGAGGAGCGGCGGCCAUCUUGUUUCUCUUCAGUGCUACGUGUCCCCCUAUGAUGUAUUUGAAGAGGGAGUGGGCUCACAGCUCAACUUAACCGACAGCAGCGUGCCUCGUUCUCUGGGCGUCAGCGUCUCUGUGACCAUCGAGGGGACCUCUGCUGUCUACAAGCUCCCGAUUGCUCCACUCAUCACUGGAUCCCACCCUGUCGACAACAAAGGAACACCAUCUUUUUCCACUGCGACCAACUCCAACUGCGUAGAUCUCCCAGCAUGCUUCUUCCUCAAGAUGAACCGCCCCAUGCCUUUUUCACUCUCCUUCAUCCAGAGGAUGGGAAACGCUACUUCAAUCCCGGUGUUUGAGACGUCACCCAGUCUCUCACCCCUCUACCAGUUAAUUGUCCAAAGCCAGCUGGAGCUGCUGGAGGAGGGCGGCUCCCCACCGCCAACCUCACACAACAUGCAUUUCUAUUCUGUGUUGCCAGAUCAACAGCACUGCUACUUCAUGAAUGGCGAUGCCCCGGUGCAGGAUGGACAUUCCCUUCAGGGAGCGCUGGUCUCCAAGAUUCCCUUCCGCCACCCAGCUCAAGUCCCAAUCCUGCUGGACAUCAUUCGGCACCAGGCAGCUUAUAACACCUUAAUUGGUAGCUGUGUGAAACGAACAUCUGUUAAAGAAGAUAGUGCAGGCCUGCUGCAGUUUGAAGUCUGUCCUCUGACUGACUCCAGUUUCAGUGUCUCUUUCCAGCAUCCAGUAAAUGAGUCCUUAGUCUGUGUGGUGAUGGAGGUGAUUGACUCCAGGCAGGUAUCAUGUAAGCUUUAUAAAGGACAGUCAGAUGCUCUCAUUUGCACCGAUGAAUUCAUCACAAAAGUGGUCCAGAGGUGUAUGUCCAUCCCUGUAACAAUGCGGGCCAUUCGGAGAAAAGCAGAGACCAUCCAGGCCGACACUCCAGCUCUCUCACUGAUUGCACAGACAGUGGAAAUCAUGGUGAAGAACAACUUGCCCCCCUCUGGUAGUCCCACGUACAAUAUGGCAGCAGAUGGAUCUAAUCCCAUGGGACUGCCAGGACUCACAGGGGGGAACACGCCCACUGGAGGAGGACCACCAGGGGGACCUAAUUUUUCUGGUCCAAUCGCCUCUUUAUUUGGAAUUUCUCGAUCAGAAAGACAGUCCCAGGGUGGAGAGUGUCUAACUCCUGGAGCGGUGGCUGGCCAGCAGCAGUUACAGCAGCAACAACAAAAUCAAGGCCACUCGGACGACUACAGCAAAGUCACCCAGAAUCCCAUACUGACGAGUCUGUUACAGAUAACUGGAAGUGUGGGUUCCAGUCCCAGUUCCCAAAAUGCACCACCGCCCCAUCAAACUCCACCCCCAACAUCCUCUCCUGCCAGCAACACAAAGAAUCACCCCAUGUUAAUGAACUUGUUGAAAGAUAAUCCCACACAAGAUUUCGCUGCCUUGUAUGGCUCCAGUCCUUUAGAGAGGCAGAAUUCUUCCUCUGGUUCUCCACGGACGGAAAGCAUGAGCGGGGCCUGCCCUGGAGGUAACCCCAAGGGUAAGAAGAAGCGUCCGCGGGGGCCUGAAAAGGGAGGCGCUUUGCCUGGAACAGCUGCAAGCGGCGCAAGUGGUGGUAUGGGCAUGAAAUCACAGCAGACGUCGUCCAUGCCGCAGCACCACCAGCACCACCCGGUCACUCACGAGGACGAUUUCCACCGCGAGCUGCUCUCUAUGGAUGUGGACGCCUCUCAAAACCCUAUCUUUGAUGUGAAUUUGACAGGUGAUGGCCUAGACACACCCCAUAGCAUCACUCCAGCACCGAGCCAGUGUGGAACGCCGCCUUCCGGUCCCAGCAUGCCUUAUUCCCAGUCUCAUGUCCAGUCUCAGCAGCAGCAGCCACCAGGGACAGCUCCACCACGAAUGGUUCGUCUGUCUAGCUCUGACAGUAUUGGCCCUGAUAUUACUGAAAUCUUGUCAGAUUUACCCGAGCAAACUGGAAAAGGCAGUGGUGGGAGCCAUGGGCAACACGCCAUGGGCAGUGGAGGAGAGGAUGGAGGCCCCCUUGGGACACCCAUCCGUGACUCCUCCAGUUCAGGUCAGGGUAGCACGGUGUUUGAUUCUGCAGACAUUUUCAACACUAACAGCAAUGAAAACCCCUUCACUGACGCCGCUGACCUGAUUGCUGAAGCAGCAGCAACUGCUGCCACUCCCACCAGUGACUCCUCUUCCACCAACUUUUUUCCUGAUGCUUCUGACUUCAACCCAGAUCUCCUGACCUCAGGCCAUGGUUUUUCCCAAAGCUACUUUGAUGAUAGUUCUCCAAGCGCUGAUGGAGACAUGGACCUCAAGGGAUUUGGUCCAAGCAGCCAGCAGAAUACCCCAUCAGGAACUCCUCAGAAUCCUACUCCACAUGGACAGAGCACUCCUGAGCCAUCACUCAAAGACCCCUUCGAUAUGGGUAUAGUUUUUAGUGGCAACAGUGGCAGUGGUAAACCGCUUCUGGGGCAAGCUCCUGAUCUGGGAGACACUCAUGGUGGAGGGUCGCAGAGCCCAAUAAUGAUGGGACUUGGAGCAGCGUGUGCUGAUUUCAAAAGUAGUGAACCAAAAGUAAAACAGCAGCAGGGUCUCAUGAGACCAAAAGACGACAACGGGGGCAGCGGAGGGAGCGGUUCUGGGAUGGGAAUCGGGACAAGUUCAACGGAAGGCAAACAGGUGAAACGCAGCCGAACUCCAUCCAGUGAGGGGAAAUCUAAGGAUAAACCUCCAAAACGUAAAAAGCUGGAUCCUGAUGGGAAAUCUCCUUCUCACAGUUCAGGAGGACGGCCUUACACCCCUCCUAGUGGAGGCUCGGGCUCUGGGGGAAGCAUAAGUGGAGGAGGCUCAAAGUCUCCUGGCAGUUCGGGACGCUCGCAAACCCCUCCCGGAGGUGCAACCCCCCCAAUUCCAAAAAUUACAAUCCAGAUCCCAAAGGGAACAAUAACGGGGGGAAAAACUUCCUCUCAUAGUGGAUACACUUCCAGUAGCUCAGCCACAAGCAGCACAGGGGGGACUGGAGGAACCAGCAGCAGCAAAAGCCACCAUUCACACUCCUCAUCCUCUGGAAAGAUGAAGUCCAAGGAAAGCUCCAUGACGCAAAGCGGCAGCUCCAAGCCAGGCAGUGCAGGAGGUGGAGGUGGACCGUCUCAGUCGAAAAGCUCCUCCCAAGGAAUGGGUGUUGGCAAACCUGGAUCUUCACCAAUCACCAAACAUGGGAUGUCUGGGCCUGGAGGUAGUGGAGGUGGAAUGGGGAGUGGUAAUAAAAUGAAAACCCAAGGUGGCAAACCUCCUGGGUCACUUAUGAAUCCCAACAUAAAGCCCAACAUUUCUCCCUCCCACUCUCGCUCCAGUGGCUCUGGUGACAAACUCUCCUCGCCAAUGAAAAUGCAGCAGUCCCAGGUUCCAGGGACCCCUCCCUCCUCCAAGGCUAAAUCCCCAAUGGGCUCAGGGGGAAGCAGCUCUGGUGGAUCCAAGUCCUCCUCUGGCGGAGGCAUGGGCUCCCAGAAACCGAUGGGUGGCGGCUCUUCCUCAGGGUCCACAUCUUCAUCAUCAUCCUCCAGCUCCUCUUCCUCAUCUGGUUCCAUGGGCUUCUCUGGGGGCUCCCAGUCUCAGUAUGGAAGUGGCGGAGGUGGAAGUGGCGGCGGCAGCGGUGGAGGAGGAGGAGGAGGGAGUGGUGGUGGAGGAAGUAGUGGAGGCGGAGGGGGAAGCGGAGGAGGAGGAGGGGGAUCCGGAGCAGGGGCAGGGCAGAACAACGCAAAUAAUCCCAACGCCAAAGGGAAGUCUCCCAGUCGAAAUAAGAAACCCUCUCUAACGGCCGUCAUAGACAAACUGAAGAGUGUAGGCGGUGGAGGAGUGGGAGAGGAUGGUUGUGAGGUUGGGCCACCAGGAGGGGGAGCUGGUUCAGGAUCCACUCCUGGCGGUGGUCCCGGAAACGUUCCCAGCGGACCCUCAAACAUGGGUCCAUCAAAGCACACCUCAUCCUCCCAGAGUGGCGAGUAUAAGCGGGAAAAAUCUGACAAAGAGGCGAAAGCUAAAGUGUCUGUGUCGGGGGGCAACAGUGGGGAUAAAAAACUGAUGGAUCCAAAGUCAGGUGGGGUUGGUGGGACCACUCUGGCCAAAAUUAUCAUCAGUAAACCAGAUGGUGGUUCUCCGAGCAUCAAGGCGAAAGUGACCCUGCAGAAGGCAGGAGAUGGAUCCGCGGACUCCAUGCGUCCCCAGAUUUCUAGCCUCAAAGCUUCGCCUCUCUUCAGUGGCUCAACUCCCAAACACGACCGCUCCUCGCCCAGCCACAGCCGCUCCCCGGGGUACACCCCGCUCAACCACGACAGCGAGAGCGAAUCGGGCAGCAGCUCCGUGGCGGAGAAGUCCCACCAGAACAGCCCCAGCUCUGACGACGACCAGACCAUGCGCCCCCUUCCUCCUCAGGACUACAUGAGCUCCAUUCCCCUCAGCUCCGGGGAGAAACACAAGAAGCACAAGAAGGAAAAGAAGAAGCAGAAAGAGAAGGAGCGUGAGAGGGACAGAGACCGAGAACGGGACAGGGACAAAGAGAAAAAGAAGUCGUCUAUGUCGAUGGGUGCGUCAUCGCACCCGAUCAAAACAGACAGUUGGUCGCGGUCGCCCAUCUCAGCCUCGGAUUCGUCGCUGUCCAUGCUGGGGUCAGAUCGUCCAUCUCGGCCCAGUCCGAUGUACAUGAGAAAUGAGGACGAUGACCUCAUGGACUCUGCCCUCACCGGUAACCUUUAAUUUCAUUUGAACAGUCCUUCUCGUUUCUCCAUUUACCAUGACAUUUUACGACAUGCCUUUCAACAUACAAAUGUCUAUUUAUUUUACUCAAGCCACAAAUUGCAAGUUGAUGUGGUUCUCAGAGUAAUCAUUCACAUUUUAAAGCUGUGUUUUCUUGUAUAAAUAUAAGUGUAUAAUGUUCUGGAAUGGAAUUGGCAGUUUUUUUGUGAAAGUGAACUGGACACUGUCAUCCUCCUCAGAUGAUCAACCUCCUUUAUGGUCAAACAAAAUGGUUUCAAACAGUAUAUUUUCUAAGAAACAGACAUUUUAUGUGUUCCCUGUGACAUCUGAAUGAUUUUACAGUCUCUAAAUGGUAUGUAAACUUCUUCAUUCAAUACAUUUUCAAUGUGCAUGUUGUUUAAAAACAUGCCAGAAUGCCAGUAUACUGUAUGUUGU